AUGUCACAUGGAGUAAAGAGGGCCAGGGAGAGCGCUGAUGUGGUUGCUGCUCGACGCGAGAAGGAGCGCUCAAAGCUGAAUGCAUACCUUGAGCUGACUGACGACGUGCUCGCUAGAAAACGAGCAUCGGCUUUCACACAAGAAUCCUUUGACCUCACAACCAAACUCCUCGGUCUCAAUCCCGAGCUUUACAGUAUCUGGAACUAUCGACGGCUGAUCCUCCUAAACGGUCUCUUUCCCAAUCUUUCACCAGAGGGAAUAUUCACACUCCUCCAAUCCGAAUUGAACUUCACGACCGGUGCACUGAAGGUUCACCCGAAGGUGUACUGGAUCUGGAAUCACAGAAGAUGGUGCCUUGCAAACGUCCCGCCGGGUCCAGACGGCGCUCCUGUCGAGAAGAGUUGGAAGCGACAGAUGUGGACAAGAGAGCUCUUCAUAGACGAGAGGAUGCUGGAGGCUGAUGCGAGAAACUUUCAUGCGUGGAACUACCGACGAAACAUAUUGGCGUCCGACCCCGGACUACGGACAUUGCAAGAUGAACUCACUUACACAAAGAAGAAGAUCGAAGCCAGUUUUUCGAAUUUCAGCGCAUGGCACCAACGAUCGAAGGUCUACACAGCGCUCUGGGAAGAAGGUUCUUCGGCGGAGGAUGUCCGGAAGGUGAAGGACACUGAAUUUGAAUUUGUGCAGCAAGCACUGUACACAGAUCCGGGAGAUCAGAGCGCAUGGCUGUAUCAUCGCUGGCUCAUUGGUAAUGGAGAAGACCUUCCUGUUCUUAAACGCGAGAUCGCCGCGAUCGAAGAGCUUCUGUCCGUCGAACCUGACAGCAAAUGGUGUCUUGAGACACUGGUGCACUAUAAGCGAUUGUUGACGUCCCGAUCUCACAUGGACGAGACAGAACUCGCCGCAUUGAAGAAAGAAACUAAUGUGAUGCUGGAAAAGCUCCAGGGCAUCGAUCCGAAGCGAAGGAUAAGAUAUCAGGAGCUUGGUAUGUGA